CUAGAACCGGCCCUGCACUGGCCCCUGCUUGGCCCCCACAGUAAAACUGGUCUAGAACCGCCACUGCACGAGCGUCAGUCCGUUUGUAAUUUCCUGGAGAGUCGCUGUGAUUUCUUCCGGGUUCCUCUUCAGUUUGUUGUGUUUGGGUGGAUCAGCUGAACAUGUCACAAAGUCUCUGACUCCAGCGGCUGCUUUUCUCAAACUUUUAUGACGGCUUGGCUCAAACUAAGAUGUCCUCUGGGCUUUUAUACGCGCGUUUAGCUCGAUAAAAGCCGCAGCAGGGACCUGGCCGUGAUUUCAUCCUCACCUGAGACACCUGUUGCUCCAGUUCAGACAGACAGACAGGUGCUUCUUUGGUCGCCUCAGACGGGGAGCAGCCGAGACAGAAACCACUGAAACUUGGAUUAUUUUAACCGUUUUUUUCUAAAAAAUAACUUUCCCAAAACUACUAUGAAAGUGACGGUAACUUUCGGGGACACUGCGGUGGUGGUUCCCUGUAAAGCUGGAUGGACCGUCCGGGAUUUAACCGACCAAGCCACGCGGAGAUACCGCAGGAUCCUGGACCAGUAUGAGGAGAGUGAAGUGAGGACCAACCACUUGGAGUACCUUGAAGGAGGCAUCCUGGACAUGGACGACCUGCUGAGUGACCUGGUGGAAGACAGAGACAAGCUGGUAGCUGUGUUUGACACCCAUCGUGCGGGGUCCGACAGUCCCCGAGAAACCAUGUCCAACGGCUACUCCAGCUCCGUCCCGAGCCCUGAACCCCUUGCCUACUACCCCCACCUGCAGUACCAGGAGAGAGGAGAGAUCGAAGUGAACGAGGCCAGCCUCAAAACCAACACACCUCUGUUGGUGAGGAGCAGCAGUGACUCGGCCUUGGCCCUGCCCCAUGAGAUAAGAGCCACGCCCUCACCUGAUUACCAAAACAACACGUCUCCUGAACCGGAAAUCAACAAUGUACUGAAAGGAGCUCUGGACCGACUGCACUCAGACGAGCCGGCCGCCAAGAUGAGCCAAGUUAACUUCAGCACCCUGACCAGGGCAGUGGAGUUUCCUGGAGACUGGGGACCGCUGGGGAUCCAUGUGAUCCCUUACUGCUCCUCUCUCAGUGGACGGACCCUGGGCCUGCACAUUAAAGGCAUCGAGGAAAACAGCCGCUCCAAGAGAGAGAAUAUCUUCCAGCAGGAUGAGUGUAUCGUCCAAAUCAACAAUACGCCACUCCAGGAUAAAACCUUCGCACAGUCACAGGAGGUGUUCCGCCAGGCCAUGACCACCCCCACCGUGCGUCUGGAGGUCCUCCCUCUGGCCAACAAGCCCCGCUAUGAGAAGAGCCUCAUCGGCCAGCUCUUCACCGGCGACGGCAAAGACAUCCCCGCACAAGUAAAGAGUCCGAUUUUGAUCCGCGCCAAAGCCGACUCCCAGCCAGAACCCAAAGCGAACACCAAACUAGAGGUGAGGCGUCCAGAUCCGCGAGCAAAGACCCCAGAGCCAGCUGCAGUGAACCCAUCACCAGCAGAGCUGCAGCCCGGGCACGGCUCCUUGGAGAGAGUCUCUCCCGCGCUUCCAGGCAGGGCAGCCAGCUCCUCCCCGACACCCAGGAACCGGAGCCAGAGCCCCCUGGACAGCAGGAGCCCAGUCCCCGGCCUGGGGAACCUCACCAACAGGAAGGGCGGCAAGAAGAUCAAAAUCGACCUGAAGAAAGGCGCAGAGGGUCUGGGCUUCACCGUGGUGACCCGGGACUCCUCGGUCCACGGGCCGGGGCCCAUCCUGGUGAAGAACAUCCUGCCGCGCGGCGCAGCAGUCAAAGACGGCCGCCUGCAGCCCGGAGACCGCAUCCUGGAGGUGAACGGAGUAGACAUGACAGGCCGUAGCCAGGAGGAGCUGGUGGCCAUGCUGCGCAGCACCAGGCAGGGAGAGAGUGUGUAUGUGGUGGUGGCACGGCAGGAGGACAUCUUCCUUCCUCGGGAGCUGAAGGGCGAAGAGGCCGGCAGUCUGGUGUUGGAGGACGGCCGGGAGCAGCUCAUGUACGAGAUCGCCCUCAAUGAGUCGGGUUCGGCCGGCCUGGGGGUCAGCCUGAAGGGCAACAAGUCCAGAGAGACCGGGGAGGACCUGGGGAUCUUCAUCAAGUCCAUCAUCCACGGAGGGGCCGCUUACAAGGACGGCCGGUUGACCGUGAACGACCAGAUGAUCGCGGUAAACGGGGAGUCGCUGCUCGGGCGCUCCAACCACGCCGCCAUGGAGACGCUGAGACGCUCCAUGUCGUCUGAGGGAAACGCCAGGGGAACCAUCCAGCUCGUCGUGCUCCGAGUUCCCAGACAGAUGAGCAGCGCUAACGCCGCACCAGCUGCAAACGGCUCCACCAGCCAUCUAUCCAGCAACCACACGUCCUCCAGCAAUCAGGAGCUACGGGGCCACAAUGCAUACCAGGGGCCCUCAGGACCCUCUAGAAACCCGGAGCCCGCCGUGAACGGGGCGAGUCACGCGCCAAUGAUGACCAACAACUACACAUACGGCAACUCUGGAAGUGCUCCGUACCCCGCUGCGACCGCCAAUGGCGGCCACGGUCACUACAGCAACAACGACGAGGAGCUGGAGGACAGCUUCCCCCCGCCACCCUCCCCCGGCGCCGUGGAGGAAAUGAAUAGAGACUUACCACCAACUCCCACACGCCACAGUGAGUUCCAGAAGCAGCCACACAUGGCGGCAGCCUUCUACACAGACAGCCAACUGGCCAACGACAAAGACAACAUACCUCGCAACAGAGCGUCCAAGAGCAUGGACCUGGUGGCAGAUGAGAGCAACAUGGGAUCACUGGUCGGGCAGAGGAAUGAGCCUUCAGCCGGCGGAGCGCUCGGUCCGACCCUGGGCCUCUGGAAGUCCAGCUCCCUGGAGAGUCUGCAGACAGCCGUGUCGGAGGCUAAGCAGAGUCGCAGCCAAGCCCAGGUGCCCUUCCACCGCCCGCGGCCUCACAUGGUCAGAGGGCGGGGCUGCAACCAGAGUUUCCGUAUCGCCAUCGACAAAUCCUACGAUGGACCUUCUGAAGAUGACGACGACCUGUCAGAGCACAGCUCCGGCCACGAGACGCCCGCCAGCAGCUCCUCUCGCCACGGCCUGGACGUAGACGACGGGAAGAAGAAGAAGAAAACCAAAGGGAAGAAGAACAAAAAGAACAAAACGAAGAAGAAAACGGAUGAUUCUGUGGAUGACCCGGAGAAGAAGACCAAAAAGAAAGGAUUUGGCCUCUUAAGGUUUGGUAAGAAGAAAGAUGACAAGAGUAAAGAUGCUGCCAAAGGCUCGAAAAGCAAACUGGAUGCUCUGAGUGAAGAGGAGCUGGACAGGAUCCCUGACCAAAGAGACAGCUAUGAGCCGCGCUACGCAGAGAUCCACUCUGGCCACGCCACCCCCGACCACGCCUCCUUCCCCGACGUGGAAGACGAUGACAGCGACCCCAACUACGCCCGAAUCAACAACUUCCGCCAGCCGCCCUCGCCCCUGUCGUUCAUCAGCCGCACGCCCUCCCCUGGCGCUCUGCAAGGAGGGCAGAACCAGCUCCGGGCCUCCUCUGAGGAUCUGGAUGGUCUGUACGCCAAGGUCAACAAAACGAGACCCCCGCCUGCUCAACAGAACCAGCAUCAAACACAAGCAGACAGCGAUCCGCGUCUCCAGGGGCUGCGCCGGGAGUACCAGCAGCCCCGAGCCGCUCCGGGCUACGACGAGCUCGACGCGGCACGACGCAGAGUCCUGGACCACGACCCGCAUCGGGUGGCACCCAGAGGAGCCGAGUCCCGCCCCGCGCACCGCUACGAGGAGAUCGACCGACAGUACCCCACACAGCCCAGGAGGGAUCCAUAUGAUUACCCCACGCACUCCAGACCCGUGCCAAGAGAACCAGCCCCCUACCAGGGCCCUUCUGGCCGUGCUCCCCCCCCCCAGACGGGCCAUCAGGCGCCAAGCAACCAGCGAUACCACCCCUCGUCUCCCCGCACAGGACAGCCGCACCGUGCUGCAGUAAGGCAGGACGUCCCGCCUUCACCCGCCGCCGGCCGCAGAGGGCGCCACUACUACGAAGCUGCCGGAGGCCGAGUAGACAACUACAGGCAGGCCAGCCCGGGCCGCUACACCAGCCCGGACCGCUACGGCUACGGAGACGAUAGAGAGCCCGACCCGAGGCGGAAGAACCCCCUGAUAGGUGCGGUCUGAGAAGGUACUCUGGAGUCACAGAAGUCACAAAGAAUAUAAAUAAAUUCAUGUUUCCAGCGUGUGAAACAUUAUAUCAGCUGUCGCCUCGGCUGCCAAAGUGGAUAAGUGAGAUUUUGCCAUAUUAAUUUAUCUGAUCAGGAACCCUGAAAGCAAUAAGUGACAAGCUGGGAGGCUAAAAUAAGGCUUAUUUUCAGAACCAUCUGGUCAUAACUCUCUCCACAGGCCAGGACAGAUUUAACAAGCGUUAAGGACUCGUGUGUGUGUGUGUGUGUGUGUGUGUACAUAAAUAUACAUGUUUGCAACCGCUUGUGUAUAUUUGCAAGUUUAUAUCAACAGGAUGUUAUUUUGACAGAUUUUUAUAAUGUAGAUUUGAAAUUAAAUUAAGGGCGAUUAAAGUGAUGGCAGAGUUAACUUAGCACAUGUUGUAUAGAAUCGAGUCUUUUCCAGCGUUUUGCACAAGCUGAUGACACUGAAGGAAAUAAAGAGAUCACCUUGACCAGGAGACACAGGAAGCUGGAGUCGACAAACAGGAAAAGGAAGUAACUCCCCUUCAAAGUAUCCUCUUGUCCUUGAUGUUUUGUCUCUUUGACUUCCUCUACAUCCUGCUGUCAAACUUUUUGUACUUUGAUUAUUUGGACGUGGUUUAUUAUUGUACAUUUGAACGUAUAAAUGAGUUUAUUUGUGAUAUUUUUGUGGUGUUUCUAAUAAAAAUGUAUAAAUCUUGAUCCACACACGAGCUCGGAUUAUAAACCUAAGCUGUCCUCACACACAGUGCAGCUAAUAAAGAGCUUAAUUAAACAUUUUAUCUUUUAAUAUAUCAAUGCUUAAUGUCGCCGCACUGAAAACUCACUCAAUGUGUCAAUGGUGGUUUGAUUUAAACAUGCUGUCAAAUGAUUUUUUAUACAAAUAUUUUGCAUUAAAUAUUCUCUCUCUC